AAAUAGCUCGUGAUGCGUCCGAAAUUUGGCUUGGUAGCGCAAAAUUUGGUAGGAUGACUGAAUACGUUUGGUCUGAUAAUACAUCAUUCAAUUUUAAAGGCUGGGAAAAUGGUAAACCACCGGUAAGCAAAUAUAUUAGGCCAUGUACCAAAAUGAAUGUUGCAAAUGGUGAAUGGUUUCAAAGUUGUUGCCGAAUAGUUGCGCCAUAUAUUUGUCAAAAAAAUCCACAACGUGGUGAACUUCACAGUAGCAAGAAGAAUUAUGAUACGACUCGAACGGAUAGAAAAAAUUCGACUUUCAGUGAAAGGUGGCGAUUUCUGUUGCGGAAAUAA